UCUCUUAUUUAUUUUAAUAAAUAUGAUUCCAAUGGAGAAACUAAUAGUACUGGUCUUCUCUGCUGCUGCACUGUCUCUAGCUGGAGUAACUGAAGCUCAGAGUAACGAAUCAAACUCUACUGAUGAAGAUGGUCUUUCUAGCAUAACAGAGGUCACAAGUCUGGCUAACAGUAAUUUUUUGGAGGUAACUACAACCAUAUCUGAAGUGGAAACACCAAAUGCCUCAGUGUCCUCUGAUAUUGAUGCAUCAUUUGUGCCAACAUCUUCUUAUACAGCAUCGCAGCCUGUUGUGCCUGGCACUACCUCUGUUUCUUCUAUGAAUUCAUCAGAACCAACUGCUACUGCUCCUACAAUGUCACUACUUAGUAGUAUUCCUUUUUUUGAAAUGAAUUCAACAGUGGAUUUAGAAAUGAUGAUUUCAAUGUCUUCUACUAUUAUGACAUCAUCUCUUGAAGAUGUGACAACUUUAAUAGAUGUGCCAGCUUCAAUGAAUAUGACAACUUCGAUGAAUACUACAACUUCGAUGAAUAUGACAACUUCAAUGGAUAUGAUAGAUAUGGCAACUUCAACUCCAAUAGAUAUGAUGACUUCAAUGGAUUUUGAUAUCUUCUCAUUUUCUGUGGAACAGACCAGCACAAUGCCUUCAAGUUCAAUUGAGUCUCCAAGUAUUCUUCCAACAUCACCAUCAAGUAUCAUAGAGUUCUCCCCUGUUACUAUUAGUCCCAGUAUCACUACCACUGCUAGUAUUACUAGCAGUAUCACAUCCAGCAUUGCAACAGACACUAGUACUAUGGUAGAAACCAGUACAAUGGAUACCAGUACAGUAGAAACUGCUACAGUGGCAAGCACUACAUUAGAGACCAGUACAAUAAAUAUCACUACAGUAGGUACCAGUACCAGCACAGCGGAACCCUCUUCAACAGUGAUAUCUGUUACUUCUGCACCAACCAUUAGUACUCCAACUAUUCCAACAACCAGUAUUAUAUCAAGCACCAGUAUCAUAUCAGUCACUAGUACUUCAACAAUGUCCAGUAGGGCACCACCCACUAGUAUUCCAACUAGUACUAGUAGUACUAGUACCCCAGUUCCACCGACCAUCAACACUUCAUCAACUCCAGCUUCAUCAAAUCAAGGAUUAGUCGUUGCUCUCUCAGUAUUGUUCACUAUUGUACUGGUGAUACUUGCUGCAGUGACCUGUGUAUUACUGGUUGUGUUGAGAGUAUACAUUAUCAAGCCAAAGAGAUCGAGGGACUAUGAGCUCCAGAAGUUAGAGCUUGAUGGUGGAACAAGUGAUAAUGUGGCACUACUUGCAGUCACUUCAUCUGAUGAAAUGAAACUAGGAGAUCUCUUCAACCAUAUUCCUAAGUUGUCUCCUGUUGAAUUGACUGCUCUUGAGUAUGAGGUUAGUAGACUUCAAGAUGAAGAGGUCGCGAAAGAGGAAUUUGUGGGUUUAUCUGACCACACUCGUGAGUUCCUCCAGACCAAUGCAGUAUUAUCAGCUAAUGCUACGAAGAACCGAUACAUUAACAUAUUACCAUUUGAUGAAACUCGUGUUAUAUUAUCAUCCUCUAAGAAGGAAGGCUCUGACUACAUCAACGCCAAUUACAUACAGGGAUACAACCACACAAAGGAAUAUAUUGCAGCUCAAGGUUUGUUUAUGCUCAUGCAUGACCUUGUGAUUCUAAGCCAUUCUCUUUCCUUUUCUAUAUGCAGCUAAGACUAUAACAUACACUUGCUCUUUCUUUCU